GGCUGAGCCGAGCCAAUGGGGAGCGGCAAGCGCUCUGUUCGCCCAUUCUCACGCCCCACCCUCGGACCUUGCUGGAAGAAAGUUUCGCCCCGCCGCCGAGGGAGAGCAGUGAACAUGGCCUCGCCAAGGUGGCUCUGGUGUGUGUGUGCAAUCGCGGCGGUGGCACUGCUACUUGUUUCCGAGGUUCCUUCGGCCUCUGCCCAAAGAAAGAAGGAGAUGGUGUUAUCUGAGAAGGUUAGUCAGCUGAUGGAAUGGACCAAUAAAAGACCUGUAAUAAGAAUGAAUGGAGACAAGUUCCGUCGCCUUGUUAAAGCUCCACCAAGAAAUUACUCUGUUAUUGUCAUGUUUACUGCUCUCCAACUUCAUAGACAGUGUGUCGUUUGCAAGCAAGCUGAUGAAGAAUUCCAGAUUCUGGCAAACUCUUGGCGAUACUCCAAUGCAUUUACCAACAGGAUAUUUUUUGCAAUGGUGGAUUUUGAUGAAGGUUCUGAUGUAUUUCAAAUGCUAAACAUGAAUUCAGCUCCAACUUUCAUCAACUUUCCUCCAAAAGGAAAACCUAAAAGGGCUGACACAUACGAGUUGCAGGUACGAGGGUUUUCAGCUGAGCAGAUUGCCAGGUGGAUCGCAGACAGAACUGAUGUCAACAUUAGAGUGAUUAGACCUCCAAAUUAUGCUGGACCUCUAAUGUUGGGAUUGCUUCUGGCUGUUAUUGGUGGACUUGUGUAUCUGCGAAGAAGCAAUAUGGAAUUCCUCUUUAAUAAAACUGGAUGGGCUUUUGCUGCUUUAUGUUUUGUACUUGCUAUGACAUCUGGUCAAAUGUGGAAUCAUAUAAGAGGACCACCAUAUGCUCAUAAGAAUCCCCAUACAGGACAAGUGAAUUAUAUCCAUGGAAGCAGCCAGGCCCAGUUUGUAGCUGAAACCCACAUUGUUCUUCUGUUCAAUGGUGGAGUUACCUUGGGCAUGGUGCUUUUGUGUGAAGCUGCUACCUCUGACAUGGAUAUUGGGAAGAGAAGGAUGAUGUGUGUGGCUGGAAUUGGACUUGUUGUGUUAUUCUUCAGCUGGAUGCUCUCUAUCUUUCGAUCAAAAUACCAUGGCUAUCCAUACAGCUUUCUAAUGAGUUAAAGAAAGUUCCAGCGAAACACAGACAUUGUGGUAAUGGAAACUGAAAAAUAAAAAAUAUGUGGUGUUGGAAGACUGCAACUCAUGUAGUUUAUAUUACCUCUUGUUUUGUCAAGUGAUUUAAAUAGUUCAUCAUUUAACCAAAGAUGUGUAGUGCCUUAACAAGCAAUCGUAAGAUCAUGAAGUAUUGGAAUUACUCUCCUCUUUAACCUUCCCUUCCCAAUGAACUUAUGAAACAUUUGAUUUUUGUAGAAUUAAGUACAUUGUAAAAAUUUUAAAUGACUACUUCAUUUUACUUAGAGCAAAAUUCAAAAUUACUUUAGUUAACUUGAUCGUCUGAUUUUAGCUUAUGUAAGGUUGGGGAUGAAAGGUUGUGGCCAGAAAUUUCCACCUCUGCCUAUUACAGAUAACUGCAUCUGGCAGCCAUCAUUAGUUUCCCUUCUUUGUGCAGAUGUAUGUACUUUACAGAUCUUUCCUUUUGGGCCAAGGUACCAUAUGCACUAUGUGAUCUUCUGAAAAUGGACCAUGUAGCCUUCAGAAAAACACAUCUGUCUUCCUCUGUAUUUCCUACAGAAAUCAGAGCUAUAUAUGCCUCUUUUACACAUUAAGAAGUACCUCUAACUAAAGACUAUGAUUUCUGCAUGAUUGUGCUAUAACUGCCUUGUACAUGGAAAGAUUUUUGAUUCAUUCUGUUUCUAGUUUUAUUUAAAGUGGUCCUUCUCUAAUAAUGAUAGUUUGUUGUGAAAAAUCAGUGUAACUUAUAAAAUGAUCUCUAAUGUUUGUCUAAGUUAGACAGUGUCAUUGAUCUCAUUUUUACCUAACAGAGAAAUAAGCUGAGUUGUGUUGUUCUGGGAAAGGACUGUCUUAGAAUGAGAAAAGAAAAUCAUGAAAUAUCUAUUUGUUGCCUAUGUAUUGAAAUGUUUUGCCAGGCUUGUGGCAGAUGCAGGCUGAUCUGAGUUUGUGGCCAGCCUGGGCUACAUAGUGAGACCAUGUCUCAAAAAAAAAA